AUCGGGUGUUGCUGCGCGGAUCUUUUUAUCGGAUGGCUGAUUUAGUGAAAAAUAACUGUGUGCUGGCGUUUGACUGAGCUUACAGGCGGCUGCUGUCUGCAAGUACAAUGCUACCUGUAAAUUACCGGAGCGCAGUUUGAUAGCGCCUGUCUGGGGCAUCAGCGGCCCAUCCCUGAGGCGCACAGACGUCUGGAGCCUGCGGAAGCUGCGCCGCUUUUUUUCUCUCUCUCUCGCUCUCUGUUUAAAGCGUUCUCUUAUCUCAGAGGAAAUAAACCAAUGCGGGUUUGGUUCAGGGAAGAAACACGAUCGAUUUUUGUUCGUUAUUGCGCUGGUUUGAGCUGUGGCAUCAGCAAUGGCGGGUCCCGAGCAGUCCCAGCAGCAGCAGCAGGUAGAGGAGAAGGCAGAGCACAUAGAUGAUGCUGAGAUGGCUCUGCAAGGCAUUAACAUGCUGCUCAACAACGGCUUCAAGGAAAGCGACGAGCUGUUCAGGAAAUACAGGACCCAGAGCCCACUGAUGAGCUUUGGGGCCAGUUUUGUCAGCUUUCUGAAUGCCAUGAUGACAUUUGAGGAGGAGAAGAUGCAGACUGCCUGUGAUGACCUGAGGACCACCGAGAAACUGUGCGAGAGCGACAGCGCCGGAGUCAUAGAGACAAUCAGAAACAAGAUUAAAAAGAGUAUGGACUCCCAACGCUCCGGCGUUGUAGUUGUGGACCGCCUGCAGAGACAGAUAAUAGUCGCUGACUGCCAAGUCUACCUCGCUGUGCUCUCCUUUGUCAAACAGGAGCUCUCAGCGUAUAUCAAAGGAGGCUGGAUUCUCCGUAAGGCUUGGAAAAUGUACAAUAAGUGCCACAGUGACAUCAGCCAGCUGCAGGAGUCCUAUCAGCGGAGGUCCUCGGGGAACCAGGACUCCCUCUCAGCAGACAAUGCCAACCACAACACACCUGUGGAGAACGGCGUCACGGCCGAAGCCCUGGACCGCCUCAAGGGCUCAGUCAGCUUCGGCUACGGCCUCUUCCACCUGUGCAUCUCCAUGGUACCGCCACACCUGCUCAAGAUUAUCAACCUGCUGGGUUUCCCCGGGGACCGACUCCAGGGCCUCUCCUCCCUUAUGUAUGCAAGCGAGAGCAAGGACAUGAAGGCCCCGCUAGCUACGUUGGCCCUCUUGUGGUACCACACAGUAGUGCUGCCUUUCUUUGCUCUGGAGGGCUCGGAUACACAUGCAGGGCUGCUGGAAGCGAAGGCUAUUCUGCAGAGAAAGUCGGUGGUUUACCCGAACUCGUCUCUCUUCAUGUUCUUUAAAGGACGGGUCCAAAGGCUGGAGUGCCAUAUCAACAGUGCUUUGGCCUGUUUCCAUGAUGCAUUAGAGCUUGCAUCAGACCAAAGAGAGAUCCAGCAUGUGUGUCUCUAUGAGAUUGGCUGGUGUAGCAUGAUAGAGCUGAACUUUGAGGAUGCGUACAGGGCAUUUGAACGCCUGAAGAACGAGUCUCGUUGGUCGCAGUGCUACUAUGCGUAUUUGACUGGAGUGUGUCAGGGUGCUUCAGGAGACGUGGAUGGAGCAAGCGGAGUUUUCAAAGACGUGCAAAAGCUCUUCAAGAGAAAAAACAACCAGAUAGAGCAGUUUGCUGUGAAAAGGGCUGAGAGGCUGAGGAAGAGCUCGCCCAGCAGAGAGCUGUGCGUUCUUGGUGUAAUCGAAGUGGUUUAUCUGUGGAAAGCGCUGCAGAACUGCUCCUCAUCCAAACUGCAGAUCAUGAAUCAGGUGUUACAGACUUUAGAUGAUGCUUCGUGCAGAGGCCUGAAACACCUCCUCCUCGGUGCCAUUCAUAAAUGUCAUGGAAAUAUGAGAGAUGCUGUUCAGUCAUUCCAGCUGGCUGCUAGAGAUGAGUACGGACGGCAGAUCAACUCGUACGUUCAGCCGUAUGCCGUCUAUGAGCUGGGAUGUGUGCUCCUUGCAAAACCAGAGACAGUGGGAAAGGGGAGAUCACUGCUACUUCAGGCAAAGGAGGAUUUUACAGGCUACGACUUUGAGAACCGACUUCAUGUUCGCAUCCAUUCAGCCCUGGCCUCUUUGAAAGAAGUCGUGCCCGUGUGACCUGGAGCAACAAUGGCUGAAUUUUUAAGCCGUUCAGAGUAACUGUUUGACGUCCUAGUGAAGGACUUGGGGGAAAACACGUUUGUCGCCCCACCCAGUCAGACUGAUUACCAAGAGUCAUCUCAAAAUAGCUAGUGUGGUGAUUACUAGCGGGCUUAAAACUAUGCCUAAAGUUUUCAAAGUUAUACUUUUAUAGAUGUAUCUUGUUAGCCAGCAAGUUAGCCACCAAUACCUGUGUUGUUGCUGCAUGGUGCAAGAAAUAUUAAAACGGCAGAUUAUUUUCAUUGUAUGAUGAGGUGAAUCAUAGACAUCAAGCUAAAUAAGAAAAUCUUGGCGUUUUAAGAAUGUGUUUCUUUUUGUAGCUGUUUUCACCCCGAACGCGUCCACGUCCUCUUUCUGGGUGAAAGAGAUGAAGCUGAUGUAAAUUCUUAACCCUGAGGAAAAAGAACAGACUCAUUUCCUUCCAUCUCUUACUGCUCCUUUAACUGUUUCCUCAUGCAUAUGUGUAAGCUAGCUUGUAACAGUUUUCCUCAUUGACGCGUGUAUUUGGGUGACUUUAAUUAAGCCUCUCCCUUCAGUCAGCAGUUCAUUCAGCACAUAAACACUUAAUGAGAGUGAAAUUCCCUUAAUAGUAAUUUUACAGUGAAUAAGAUACAAAUGACAGUGUUUUUUAAAACUUUAGUGCCAUGUGAUCAUCUCACUGCAAUAUUAAAUAUACUAAAUUAUUGUCAGUCCUUAAACACACCACAUGUCAUGAAUACGAAUGAGUACAAUUAAAUAUUUGGUUUCGUACAUUCUUACACAGACAAAUGACAAAUUAAUGGAAAGCCAGUAGUGGUUCUUUUCCCACCGUGCCAUCCUUCUGACGUCAUUUUUAUCCAAAUCAAGAAUAAAAAAACAUCCACGCUGUAUUUUAGUGGCAGAUGGCUCAGCACUCUGACUUGUGUCUUUGUUUCCCCACAUAAAUCAUAUAUUCAGCUUGCUUUCAUGCUCAUUUUUUAACCUUGUCCUCUGCUGUGGACAUGUGCCACACAAGUGAGGCCAGAUCCACAGUUUAAGGACAACUUCACUAGUUCUGUUAUGCUAUGGAGGGUAUUUUGGUGGCCUGGUUUUGGACCACUGCCCAGAUACAUGCCAGAUGCAUUUCAAGAUGCUCUCAUCCUAUAAUGAAAGAUUUGAAUCCUUUGUGGCCAUUCCAGGAUGGCAGUGCCCCAUCCAAAAGGCACGAGGUCUCUCAGAAUGGAUUAAGUAUAAAUAUGAUGUGAGUCACAUGCUGUGGCCUUCACAGUCACCAGAUCUCAACUCACUGGAAAACCCGUCACACUCCCAGACCAGUCAAACCAACACCUGAGAGAAUAUCUUAUAACCGAAUGGUGUUAAAUCCCUCCAACAGGGUUCCAGUGAAUCAGCGCCGAGGUACACUGCAGCCCAACACCGUACUACUGCUGGCUUUUCCUUUAAUUUGUUACAUGUCUGUAAAUUAUUAAAAAGCUUGAUAAUGUUUCAGCCGUUAUUUCAGUAUUAAAGUCCUGUUUUUCCUAAUUAAACUUCAGAAAAUCUGCUUGUGUAAAUGGACAUGAGUCUCAGUGGGUCUCAGUGGGUCUCAGUUACUACGUUUCCACUGCCGAAGUGCCGGUGCUUACGCCAGUGCUGGUGUUGGUUUCAAUGAACCGGCGAAAAGCUUAAGAAGGAGCCUGAGUUUCCACCGUGUUUCUGUGACAUGAUUCUUUACGUAUGAGUGUGGGCGGGUCCUCGUCUGGACACGGAAGCUGAAGGGCAUAAACGUGGGAGAACACGCUCCCCUGUCUUGUGCAUUUUAUGGUCUAAACCAGGGGUGGGCAACUCCAGGCCUCGAGGGCCGGUGUCCUGCUGGUUUUAGAUGUGUUCCUGAUCCAACACACCUGAAUCACAUAUAGAAGUCAUUAGCAGGACUCUGGA